UUUCCUCUCUUGGAGGAAAUUUUAGGGUUCUUUAUGGCUGAGGGGGGAGAGCGCUUCAACGUGCGCAAUCCGGCCGUGAAGCGCAUCUUGCAGGAGGUGAAGGAGCUCCAGAACAAUCCCAACGAUGACUACGUGAGCAUGCCGCUGGAGGACAACAUUUUUGAGUGGCAAUUCGCGAUCCGGGGUCCGAAAGAGACCGAAUUCGAGGGCGGAAUUUACCAUGGCAGGAUCCAGCUCCCUCCAGAGUAUCCGCUCAAGCCGCCAGAGUUCGUGCUUUUGACGCCCAAUGGAAGAUUUGAGACCAAAACAAAGAUUUGCUUGAGCAUAUCAGCGCAUCAUCCAGAGUUUUGGCAGCCUUCUUGGAGUGUUCGCACUGCUCUGGUAGCUCUCAUCGCCUUUAUGCCGACAAAGCCAGAAGGAGCUAUCGGAUCCCUCGACUACACCAAGGAAGAAAGGAGGGCUCUCGCGAUCAAGUCCCGCGAUGCCGCUCCAAGAGUUAGCACUCCCGAGCGCCAGAAGCUGAUCGACGAGAUCCAUGUCGAGAUGAUGAAGAGAGCGCAUCCCGUGCCAGACACGAAAGAACCACCGCCGGAAGACGCUGCCAAAGAGGUAGAAAAUAAUGGUGUAGAAGUGGAAACUACUCCAUCUCCAGCUUCUCGAGAUUUAGCUCCGGCUCCAGCUCUAGAUCCAGCUCCAGCUCUAGCUCCAGUUCUAGCUCCAGCGCCAGCUCUUAUAGCUCCAGCUCCAGCAACGAUCGACGCUGUGAAUCCACCAGCAGCAGCAGCAGCAGUAGCGGCGAUUCCCGCGGCUGGAAUUCGAGCGAGGAGAUCGGAAGAGCAAGCGGUACAGCAGUCUAGCGAUUUCGGCUUGACGGCAUUGGCGAUUGGGCUGGCGAUAGCCAUCGUUGGCAUCCUCGUGAGGAAGGCCCUCCGGCACUACGGCUAUGUGAUAUAAACGCGACGCAAAAUAAAGAACUAGGGUUUAAGAAAGCCCUAGGAGGCGGGCCAAGGAAUCUCUUCUUCUCUCUUC